CGCCAACAUCUUAGUUGUUUCCUCAUUACCCCCGCCGUUGUGGUGUCAGGCGUGGGUCCAAUCAACCCAAAGAAUCCAACGACCCACAUGGAAACACUCUUAUCAUCUACAUCCCUCCUCAUAUUCAACCAAAUAACAUGCGACCCCUCAACCAAUUCCCCCCCGAGCUCAUCGAUCACAUACUCAGCUGCCUGUCCCGCUCAGAUCUCAAAGCUGCCCGUCUAACAUGCCGCGCCCUGAGCGGUAUCGCAACACACUGGCUCUAUCACUCCAUCUACACACGCAUCCCAUCCUUCCAGAACAACGUCGUCCGCCAGGAAAUUGAAGGCCUCCAAGAGCUCGUCUCGAAAUUCGCACCACUAGUCCACAAGAUUGACAUCGACGGCGGAGAUGACUAUUGUCCGUUCGAAGUGGCCUCGUUCCUGGACAAGCUGCCCGCUUUGGAAAAGAUUUACAUGUGCGGCGUCCGUACAUCGUGGUACCAUGAUCAGUUCUUCCACGGUGAUUUUGAGAAGGCAAUGCUUCGCGCGAGUCUCAUCACUCCAAUUGAAACCAGGAUCCUGGCUGAUUUAAAGUCUUUGACCCUGAAGGUCCACCAAGAUCACGGAGACUGGAUUCUUACUCAUCUUGGAAUUUUGUUCUUAAUCCCCCAACUCCAGCAGUUAACCCUAGACCAUAUCGUUUUGAACUAUGGGGAUCCCGCAUUCCCACGUCCUUGGUCAUCGUCGGGGCUCACUCACUAUUCCAAUCAGACGGGUUUGAAGUCUUUAUGCAUUGUCGAUUCUUAUAUUGAUCUCCAGGCCCUGGAGGAGAUUCUGUCUCCCCCCAAGGCGCUGACGCAUCUUCGACUGGAGAGUCGCCAUCCGGACUGCGACGAGCUACCCGAUGGCUGGCAAGAAAGGACGUGUAACCGGGAGGCUAUCUAUCGUGCCAUUGCACAGCAGAGGCUGUCGUUGGAGAAGUUGGACAUUCAGUGGGAUGUGCGGUCGGCCCCCCUGGAGGGACCCGGUUGGACGCGGGUUCGGUUCCCUAGGUUGAGGGAGCGUAAGGUAACUUUCGGGGCAAUGGACGAGUCGCAUCAAUUCGAGAUCGGUGAUUUGAACAGUCGUAACGAGGGUGUUAGACACCCUAAUGUGAUUCCAUGAUGUCUAACUGUCUUACUCCAAUCGACAAAGCAAGAGAAGAGAAGAGAUGGAGCAGAGGCUAUAGUCCCAGAGAUUUAUCAGACUCACAGUCAGUGUUAG